AUGUCAGGAAAUAUGUCCUCUCAUGAAGAGUCUCUCAAAGAGAAUGAGGAGACCAAGAAAGAGAUAAACAACUUGCAGGAGCAACCCAAAUAUGAAGUUGGAUCGGAUCAAAUGCAUUCUUCUAAUAAUGAAGAAGUAGAAGAAAAUGGUGAAAAGGAUGAUGAUGGCGACGAUGGUGAUGAUGAUGGAGAAGAGAAAGAAGAGGAAGCAGACGAUGAAGCUGAAGAACAAGAUAAAACUGAAAAAGAAGAAAAAAAUGAAUGUCCUGUUUGUCGCACACAUUGUCCUGACCAACUCUCACUGAGAGAUGAUCCAAAUUAUGAUGCAUUGAUUGCUUUGCUCUGUCCGGAUAUUGACAAGUUUGAGAAAGAGGAAUUGACUUUGCUUAAAGAAGAGUUUCCCCAGUUGGAAGUUGUUGAUUGUGAGGAGGAAGAAGAAGAAGAAGAAGAAGAAGAAUAUUUUGUUGAAGAAGAUUUUGUUGCUCGAAGCUAUAUAUUGGCUCUACCUGCUAAUCCGCGUUUGUAUAAUGAAGAACCUGUUGUCGAUGAUGAUAAUGAUGUUGCUGAUGAACUUGUUGUUGAAGAGGAUAAUAGUGAUGAUGAUAGUAGCAACUCAACAUAG